UCGGAGGGGCCGGACGCGUCGCGCGCGUUCCCUUACAACUUCUCGUAAAAACUUUACGUAUAAUACUUCGCUGUAUAAUACACAUAGUUAGACACUAGAACUGUUAAUAACAUUUUUGUGUUCUGCAUUUGGUUAAACUGCUUCGUAUUUUAGUUAAGUGUUUAGUUUAUUUCUGGUCCUGACCAGUUUAAAUAAGAUCGUUUCUUCAUUUUGGUGGAAAGCAUCGGUACUGAGUGUAUGCGUGCAGAUCCUGUUGCACCUUUAGUAACGGUAGUGGAUCAAGAUGUCGCAUUGCACGAAGAGCCGGCGUAAGUCGUUAAAUGUUUUAACGACGUAAUUUCCCCCACUCCAUAGAAUAUAAAUUUGUUCGAAUAUAACUUCAUAGAAGUUGAAAUUGUGAUAGACUAACAAUACCUAAUAUUCAAUAUGAAUUUUAAGUUCAUAUCUCUACUUCUAACAUGGAACUUCUUAUUGAUAUCUGCAAAAAUAGACUCGGCAGAAGAAGACGACGCUGCCCGAGCGAGGAUGUUGAGGAAUAGAGAGAACAACCGUAAUCGUACCACCUUCAAUGGAACUCUAACUGAUGGUCCUGAAAGACGUUACUUCAGACACAGGAACAGUUCCAAAUUCCGCGGUGACAGGCACAGAUCUUGGGAAAGAGAUCACGAGACUAGACGUGAUAGAAGGAAGCUGCCGUCUAGCCAUUCGAAUGAAGAUCAGAUCCCUGGCAAUCGAACUGAAUUCGUUAAUAAUAAAAGGGAUGAUAAAUCUCGCAAAACAGACAAGCAUUGGAAUAGGAGUAAUGUGGACAAGCUGCCGGUGAGACGACCUUUGAAUCAGAGCAAGAUGCAAGAUAGGGCUCAUCCAUUGCCUGUGCGUGAAAACACGACAAGAUCUAGGCUUAGGAUGGCGAAUAAAUGGCAGAAUGGUGGUUACAUUCCGUAUCCUCAGCCGAGAGAGAGGAAGCCAAACAUCAUUUUGAUUCUUACUGACGACCAAGAUGUGGAGUUAGGCAGUCUGAACUUUAUGCCCAGGACAAUGAAAGCUAUAAGGAGCGCUGGGGCGGAGUUCCGGCAUGCUUACACCACGACACCCAUGUGCUGUCCAUCACGGAGUUCCUUGCUAACUGGCGUGUAUGUGCACAACCAUAACGUGUACACGAACAACGACAACUGCUCGUCUCCUCAAUGGCAGGCCACGCACGAGACCAACACCUUCGCCACAUACCUCUCCAAUGCUGGCUAUCGAACUGGUAAAUGA